CUUUCUACGUGCGCGUUCACGAGUGAAUCCUGUGAUCUGUGCGUCAGCUGUCAAGCCAUACGCACGCAUACUACAGCAUUGUCUCCAUGCAAGGUUUGUUUGGACAACGAAUGAAUCUGAAAUUCCACUGAGACCCGGAUCACUCUUAAAAGUAUGGUGACGGCAGUGUCACUCCUAUCAAGCCGGACCAAAGCGACACGGUGACGGGAGAGUGGUUUGUCAUCGGUUUAUGUUUGUUAGGGGAGGAGAAAGAAGGUUGGACAGGUUUUCCGGUCGUAACGUUGCAGACUUGCUAAUAAUACGCUAGACCCCGAGUUCUCAUUAGCUUAGCCGGCUAGCAAGCUAACAAGCUGAUGUAGCGGCGGUACACCACUCCAGGAAAUGCGGCGGGAGCGUGUCCGGAGGUCUUUAGUUUUGUUGAAAUUUUCAUGUUAGCACCGAUUACUAUGAAAUGUUGCGAUAGCUGUUUCGAAGCACCGAGAGCUUAGACAAGGUGAGGUGACAGACGACUGAGGUUGGGUUGCUCGGAGAGUUAUGAGUAGUUUCAACAUCACAACCAAAACCUCCACGUUGAGCAACGACGGUAAAGGCUCGCCGGUCACUACCAACAACAACAACAAGGAGUGGGAUCUGGGAGGCGAUGUGUUUUCGUGCUACGAGAUGAUGAGUCCCAUGGACGAGACGAUGCGAGCGGGGAUGUCCUCGGUCCAGCCGGGACUGGACGGGCACCUGCCGCUUCUGCACGCCAGACACCACAGCGCCCAGGGCGGGUUGUUGUUGGACCUGAGUUCCCCGGGAGCCUAUAUCGACAGCAGCUCUCUGGAGUACAGCGACAACGACGGGAACAACGCCGGUCCGUUGUUCGAGAGGAGGAAGAGGUCGAGGUCCAACAGCUCCAGGCACCGCUUCAACGAGGUGGUCACGGAGCUCGGACCCGAGGAGGUGCGGUGGUUUUAUAAAGAGGACAAGAGAACUUGGAAGCCUUUUGUCGGGCAUGACUCGCUAAAAAUUGAGCUCGCGUAUCGGAAAUACUACGAGCUGAACCCCGGUGCGGCAGGCUCCCGGGUCACCGGCGGCGGGGAGGAAGAGACCGGUAGCAACCGUGUGGAGAACAGAGGGCUGAACGGUGCGGUGCCGGUGGAGACGAGGACCAGCAGCGUGCACGGAGGCCGGGGGUCUCUGGACACAUCCACCGUGUCCUCGGAUGAGAGGGACCCUGACAGCAUUGAAAUUAAUGUUGAGCCUGUGUGUGUCCGGGGUGGGCUCUAUGAAGUGGACAUUAAAGAGAGGGAGUGCUAUCCUGUUUACUGGAAACAACAAGACCAUAUUGCGGUGAUGAGAGGCCAGUGGUUUAUUGACGGUACCUGGCUCCCAUUAGAGGAAGAGGAGAGCGAACUCAUCGAGCAGGAGCACCUGAGCCAUUUCCGUGGGCAACAGAUGCAGGACACGUUUGAGACGGACUUGGUGGUCCGGACCGUCGAUAGCAAAGAUGUUCUCUCCCACCUGCCCCCUUUCUACCUCCCUUUUCUGUUCAAAUGGAGUGGAUAUCAGACGAGUGCUAAAACUACAUGUCACAAGCGCAAACGCUGCCAAGCCGUCCACAGUCUGAAGCUGAGUCGGACCCAUGUGGAUUGGCACAGUGUGGACGAGGUCUACCUCUACAGCGAUGCCACCACUUCCAAAAUUGCCCGCACCGUCACUCAGAAACUGGGCUUCUCCAAAGCAUCCAGUAGUGGUACACGGCUCCAUAGGGGUUAUGUUGAGGAGGCCUCACCUGAGGAUAGACCACCUCAGACUACACACAUUGUCUUUGUGGUCCAUGGGAUUGGACAAAAGAUGGACCAGGGGCGCAUUAUUAAAAACACUGGAAUGCUGAGGGAGGGCGUAAGGAAGAUGGAGGAGAAGCACUUUUCAGAUAACAAUGACGAGCAUGUGGAGUUCUUGCCUGUUGAAUGGCGCUCCAAACUCGCACUGGAUGGAGAUACAGUAGACUCAAUCACACCCGACAAAGUGAGAGGACUGAGAGAUCUCCUCAACAGCAGCGCCAUGGACAUCAUGUACUACAACAGCCCCCUUUACAGGGACGAGAUCACCAAGGGCCUAACACAGGAGCUAAACAGACUGUACACGCUUUUCUGCUCCCGGAAUCCUGAGUUUGAGGAGAGAGGAGGGAAAGUGUCCAUUGUGUCUCACUCCCUCGGCUGCGUCAUCACCUAUGAUAUCAUGACAGGGUGGGAUCCCGUGCGCUUCUGCCUGCAGGAGCAUCACGCUGUGGAAGAGGAGCUGGACCUGCGCUGGAUGUCCUAUGAAGAGAGGCACGUUUUAGACCAGCUGCGGCUCACAAGGAAUCGGUUGCGAGAACUGGAAAAUCAACUCCUCACCCUGGAGGCUUCUAAACCCUCAGCACCACCAGCCCUCAAAUUUAAGGUGGAGAACUUUUUCUGCAUGGGCUCACCUCUGGCAGUGUUCUUAGCCCUGAGAGGGAUCCGCCCCGGUACCAGCUGCCACCAGGAUCACAUCCUGCCCACCUCCAUCUGCAGCAGGCUCUUCAAUGUCUUCCAUCCCACAGACCCUGUGGCCUACAGACUGGAGCCCCUCAUCCUCAAACAUUACAGCAAUAUUGCACCUGUUCAGAUCCACUGGUGUAGCGCCACAAACCCCACACCCUACAAUGAGAUCCGGCCGACCUUCCUCAAUCCAAUCAAAGACCCGACAUCUGACACUGAGAGCAUUCCUAGCCCGAGCACUUCUCCUGUCCUCCCUCGGAGGCACUAUGGAGAAUCCAUCACCAGUCUGGGCAAGGCCAGCAUACUGGGAGCGGCAAGCAUAGGGAAAGGAAUUGGAGGCAUCCUUUUCUCUCGUUUCUCCCGCUCCAACAGCCAGCCUUCAGUGUCUUUAGGACUUGACGGAGGGACAAACAAUGAGGAAGAGGAGCAGAAGCGGGCAGAAAGCCAGUCAGCGUAUGGCCUCUCCACCAUGGCACGCCCCACCUCACCUACUACUGACACUUCAUUGGAGCUGGAGCGGCGCAUUGACUUUGAGCUUCGAGAAGGCCUGGUGGAGAGCCGCUAUUGGUCAGCAGUUACCUCACACACAGGCUACUGGUGCUCACAUGAUAUAGCACUCUUCCUGUUGACCUUCAUAUACAAGCAGAAGACAACCUCCGACCCAGCAGAGGAUACUACGGAGCCAGACUGAAACAGCACACUCAUAUGACACACACACUUCAACGGUGUCUUAUAACCCUGACAGGGCGUGUCAUCCUCCUGACAAGACACAAAAAUAGACUUUAAUUCAUUUAUUUUUCAUGCGCACAAACUGAUUAAAUACACUAAUCUCUUUCUUUUAUCUCCCUGUGAUCCAGCUUUUUUAACACUUGGAAAUCAUUACUGACAAACUGAUGUCAUUCCAGGAUGUGCAUUUUUGUCUCUUUUUGUUUAGUUUUUACACAAUUGUGCACCCUAAGGGUGACAGUGUUGGACCAGGAACCCCUAAGGAGGUGCUCUCUUUGCCAGUAUGACCACAAAUUAUAUGUAAACAUGGUGUAAGAGUUUGAUGCGUAGGAAUUUGUUGCACCCAGUGGAAGACACUUAUACCAUCGUCCCCAAAUCUUCAACCUUAAACAACAGCUUCAGCCUGUUGGCAAAGUGUCCAUACGUUUUCUGUUAAUUAAUUACUCUGUCCAGCCUCUCUCCCAGCGACUCAGCCCAGAGCCUUGUGACACACUUGCCUGACCCACGGUCACUGAGGCUUUCAGUCCUGUGAUUUUUUUUUUUUUUUCUUUGAUGAGUAGGAGAGAGAAAUAUAAUUGUCAAAAAUAGCUGUUUUAUCUUUAAAAUAAACCUUUAGCCACUAUGUCUCAAAAUCUUAAUGCUAACAAGCAGAAGCAUUGCCUUUCAAAAUUAGCCAAACAAUGUUACACGUGAAGAAUAUUUUUGUUUAGUAUUUCUGAAAGAAAACUGAGGGCAUUAUCCCUUUAACAAUGACAGCUUAAAAUAGAUAUGCACUAAAACAUGAGUAAAUCGCCACUUUUAUAUACUACACAGUUAAAACAGAAUUUUCUUUUAUGUUUAGUUUUCAGAAACUAAAGUGUUCGGGAUAAAACAUCUCUUAUUAUAACAGUUACAGCUGAACACCCUACAGGACAUCAUUAGUUUCCAUGUGACAUUAAUGUACAGAAGUUUGCAGCCACAUAAGACUUGUAUCAUGAUACUCGUUCUUAAACAAGGCGCCUGGCAUGUAUAGUUAUUUUCUUACACACAGUUGAUAAGUCCAGAUUGUAGUCUAGAAAUCUCUUGAUGAUGUCAUUUACUAGACAAGAGGUGUCACUCAAAACGGUCACACUCCUUCAAAUUAAUUUCCAUGCCUCUACAUUAAGGAUGAGGUAUGGAGAGAAUUUUAUGUGCUCAUAUCUUUAUAUUGAUAUCCAGAUAAAAUCAGUGGUACAAGAUGUAUUUUUCUUAGAGAUUAAAAAAAAGAAAUAUUUUUCCUAGCAAUUUUCAGGCUCUCGUGGGAAUAAACCUGGAUCUCAUCUUGGGAAAAUGGGAUUCAAAUUUGUGGCCAAAUAACAGUUAUGUGUUUAGCUCGUUAGCGGCUCGGCUUUAUAGUAACACUGUGGCUAAUUUAUAUUCCAUGAAAACAUAAUUAGUCGUAGGGUAAGAGUAGCUUCUUUUUUUAUUUUGUGGCUUUUGUGAUACAUUGCACACAAAAGUCAACUGUGUCUUGUUCACCUUUUUCGUGAAUUGGUGGCUAAUUCACCCCCCCCCCUCCGAACGGUGGAUAAUGUCAGCUUGUCUUUUUAUUUGUGUAAAAGAUGGGAUUAAUUACUUUUAAAAAACCUGGGUUUUCCAGUCAUUAUACAUAUGUGAUUGCCUGAUUGCAACUUUACCCCAAAAAGAAAAAAACAUGGACAGCCAGGGACAGCAAAUCAUGAGUCUUGUUUUCUAAAAAAUAACUUUUGCAGAUUAAUCAUGACUUAUAUUAGUUUUAUUUUUUUCUAAUGUGGUCCUUUAAAAACACAGCAAGUAGUAAUUAUGCAGAAAGCUUAGUCACUUUGCAUGUUGUCAUAUUAAUAGGAAAUGGAUGGAACGAGAAGACAAUGCAGAGUGCCAAGAAACUGCUUUGUGGUCUUUGUGCAGUAGAAAACCACUUGUGAUUGUUUAUGAAUGUCUAAUGAAAUCAUUUAUGAGACAAUUGCAAUGGAUGAAGAAAUGGAACUUAACCCUCAGCUUAACGUUUAUGGAGCUACGUGACAGAUUUGAUUACUGUCGGUGUCAAAUUUCCUGUUAUAAUAUAGUUAUCAAAGAGCUUUUUUUGAUUUGCUAUGGUGCAAGCUGCUGCUUUUCUGUUCCACACAAUCAAGGGCUGUUGUUGACUGGUCCACAGCUGAAUGGAAUCAGUUUCUUGGUCUUAUGUGUGUGUCUGUGUUAUGUGUGCUAAGGCCUACUGACUGAAACCAGGCUGCCUUUCAGAUGACCAGAUAGGUGACUGGGGAAGUAGUACGGAGGCAGGGGCGAUUAAGGGAGAGUGAUAUGAAAGUGUUUGUACAUUUGACCUGGUGGAUCUUGCACAUUCAUCUGCUAUGAAUUGCACAGAAAUUAUAUAGAAAAUGGCCCAUUUGUUAAUUUUAUAUAUACAUCUUUGCAUGUUACAUUGCAGCAAUAGAAAGCAAUUUUAACAUGUUACUUGGAUGGCAGGAAAUGCUGUUUACCUUGGAAACCUUAAAGAUGCAAUGCAAAGUACAGAAACAGUUCCACUGUUACCUCUGCAUCUUUAAAUCACACUGUGGAUUUAGACACAGCAAAUGUGUAUUCGUAACAAUUACAUUAAUAUAUUCUUGCCAGUGCUUGUGAUUAGGCUGUGAGUUUCCAAAAUGUAUGUAAAAUUUGCACAUUUUCCAUGAGAGCGAUUCCUGAUUCAUGCACAGGUUUUCAACUGUCUUCACUCUGCAUGCUAAACAUACAUUGUACCUUUGACUACAUGAGCAUUUAAUGCACAGCAUUUUGAAUGAAUGACAGUUUUUUUUUGUUCAAGGCAUCAUAAGCAUCAGGGAAAUGUCUACCGUAUAUUUUAUUUGUAGAUUCAACACUCCAGUUUUAAGCCAUUACUACGUCAAAGCAUCAAGUGCUGUUGCAGGUGUGUCGUCCAGAGGUUAAUAAAGAAGGGCCUGCAGCCAUGUGUAAUCAGACAUUGGGUGAGAAAGAGAAAUGCUAAUUGAAUGUUAUUGUGGGUGGUUUUGAAUGAAUUGUGUUAAAUUUGGUAUCACUGUUGCUCUAAUUUUGAGUGGAUGUCUGGCAAAAUGUUUUUUGUCUGUCCCUAGAGCUGUGCAAUAACCCAUGCCUGUAAUGGAUUCUAACUGCCAUCCAAAGCACUGUAUUUAUUUCCUUUUAUUAAAGCAUUUCUUUUUUUGGA